AUGCCACGGCGCGGCGAAAAUCAUCAGUGGCAAGCUGCCAAUGACAAAACCGAGAAGUGGUGCCCAAGAAGUGGUGCUAACGGAUGGUCAGGUAGAGAAUAUUUAGUGUAUUUGUUUGGCCCUUCCUGGCCUACAAGCACACCCAGGAGCUACAAAUACCUAGCUACAACUUCCUCACCUUCCUACUCCACCCACCAGAUAUGUUGA